AAGGAGGAGAAGAAGGUGAACGCUCGAGGAAGAUAAAAAGAAAUAAGAAUUGAAGGAGAAUAGGGGAGGAAGAAAAUAAAAUUUGUAAAAAUUAAGAGAAGAGACUUAACGACGCGGCGUGUUGGCGAAUUUUUAAUCGCAUCUGUCUCUUUCUCCUUCUUUAACUUGUUCUCGCAGAACCUCCGAUUAAAUAAUAUUCUAUCUUUUUCUUCGGCUAUAAGUGUAAGCUCACCGCGCGCGUCGCGGUGCCAUUUUGGCAAAAUGAAAAUAAUAACGGUGAGGAGGCAGGACGUAGGGCGUGCUUCACCGGCACCGCUUCUUCUCCUCCUCCUUGGGAUUUUACUCGGCGGUUGCGUCGACGCCGUUCUAUCGCGUUUACCGCGUUCCCUCGACCGUUCGAAAAAUGAGACCAAUUGCGAUAAAGUCGCUCUCUUUUUUGAGAACGAGAACAAUGUCGUUGCGAGGCUGAUUACUGUCAACACGGAUUCUGGGACCACAUCUUCUCCUGCAUCCAAGACGAUAUGUGGUGCCUCAUGCUGUGGACAUGAAGUCGAGAAUCUUUUGAGACAGAAAGCCGGAAGGGAUUUUGACGAUUUGAUUCAUCAUCACAGCAGGAGUCUUCAGGGACUUCUUGCCACGACUGCUGAUUCAUUAAGAGAAACGGUAACGACAUUGGCAAAACAAUCGGAGUUGAAGACGAUGACUCUCUUCGAUCAAGUUUAUAAAUCUAUGGCAGUUAAAAGUAAACCAUCGAUUAGAGCACUUUAUCAAGCAAUGAUAGACUACGUGUCACCUAAUAACACCCCGGACAGUUUACAACAGCCGUUGACUCGUGAGCUUCUUCACGAAAGAUUCCUCGAAUUUUUUACACAAUUGUUCCCGGUCGCUUAUCAUCACGCCGUGAAUCCCGGUAAAGAUGAUUUCUCCGAUAAAUUCAAGUCUUGCUUGAACGAAACCAUGGAUGAGAUCCAACCGUUCGGUGACGUACCAAAACAAAUCUCCCGAGUUGUUGGUAAAAGUCUUGAAGCUACGAGAGUUCUUAUCCAAGCAUUGACGCUCGGCAAAACUGUCUUAGACAGGACCGAUAGCGCACUAUUUUCUGGCAACAGUCCUCAACAAGAAGCUUGCUAUAAUGCCCUACUUAGGAUGACUUAUUGUCCACGUUGCCACGGCAUCGAACUAACCGUCAGACCGUGUGCCGGAUUCUGCACCAACGUUAUGAGGGGAUGCUUGACGGAGUCGGCAUCGGAGUUGGAUCUCGCGUGGUCCGGUUACGUGGAAACGGUCGAGAGGCUCGUCGUGGCGGUCGACGGUCGUAACGAUCCUUUGGGUCUGAAUGCCGAGAGGGCCGUCAGACAAUUGGACACCCGCAUUUCGGACGCCAUUAUGCAAGCCAUGGGGAACAGCCGGGCUCUCGAGGAGAAGGUGCGAAAAGUGUGCGGUCGUUCGGAUGUUGAAACACCAUCCGAAACCAGUGGAAUAGCACCAGAUGCAGUUGAGAGGUCAUCCGAAGCCAGUCUAGAGAUGCACGCAGCUGUACCGCCACCAUCAUCGUCCUCAUCAACAACGCACAGAACACUACCUAACAAGUUGCACACACAACUGGGAAAUUUCUUGGCCAGUGUAGCAAGCUCUCGUACCUUCUAUGGCACCCUUGCUGAUACUAUUUGCGAGGAUCAUCCUGAUAAAGGUUGCUGGAACGGUGAACGAGUUGGAGAAUAUUCGAAGACCGUGGUCGACUCGAGUUUAAGUGCUCAGAGAUACAAUCCAGAAUUCACAGUGACAACGGUAUCGUCAACGGCUUCCUACGGCAAUACGAACACCAGCGUACUCAUUGACCAAUUGAGGCACAUUAAUCAGAUAGUGCAGUCGCAGUUGGCAUUGGCACCGGACGGAGGAACUCCGCUUGCUGAAGAAGCUCACGAUGGUUCCGGAAGUGGUGACAGACCUGGUUGGAGGAAAAAAGGUGACACUAUGGAUGACGAUGACGAAGAUUCGACGAAUGACGAUAGAGAUGAUGAAGAAAUCUCUGGAUCAGGAAUGGGACCCACUACGCCAGAUACAUCGGUGAAGACCCACCAAGAUACAAACUCAAAAGUAGCUUCAUCGAAUAUGCUGAUGCCAUCGUUGACGUUGAUCCUCGUGUUCUGCAUAUUAGUCGCCUAAGAAAAAAGAAAAAGAAGGAAAGAAAGAAAGAAAGAAAGAAUGAAUGAAAAAAAAAAGAAAUAAAAAUCAUUUCCUGUUUCCGAAAGAAGAGCCUUCCCGAUUGGUGUAUCCGAACAAAACGAUUUUCUCUUCCUCCUUUUCAUCCUCGAGACAGUGAAAUCGGUUGAGGGGGGGGGGGAAACGCGAAUAAAGGACGACGUGUUGUUUAACGCGCGAUAAUACGCUUUUAUUAAAAUUUUCUUUUUGUUUUGCCCUAUUCGUCCUAAUCGAGGACGAAUCCUAGAAUGGAUUGGACGAAAAAAGUAAAAAAA